AACACAGCCAGCCCCUAAAGGACUUCCCCAUUUCAACGUGUUCCCUCUUGGAUGGGCAAAGCCUGUAAUUAAAACAGAUUAGAAGACCAGGCAUUAGUCUUUUCCAAAGGGCAUUUUUUUUUCCUAUCCAAGUGCUGAUAGCUGCAGUCGAGCUGGGGGUGGAGGGUGUGUGUGUGUGUGUGUGUGUGUGUGUGUGUGUUACUUAAUUCCAGGCAUGCAAUAAUGCAACACACAACCCCCGUCCACCUCUCUGCCUUUCCAGGCACUGAUGGUCGCGAGUGGGUGGGGGAAUAAGCCACGGCAGCGCUGCAAGGGUGACAGGUUGGCUUGGAUGUGACACAGAAAAGCUGGUGCAAAAAGUGUCAUGUGCUCCCCUCAAACUCUGCAACAGCCGGAGCGGGGAGGUGUCCUGUGUUAUCUAUACCCCCCCCACCCCGGCAGGGUGGGGGCUCCCAAGCCCAGAUCUGAUCCGCAGGCUGGUGGCUUAUUAAUGAAUGAAGGCGUGAUUAAUACAAAUAAUUAGCAGUGGUGGCGGUGGUGGUUGCGGUGCAGCUGAUGGCGGAAUAAAACUACUCCCGCUCCUCCCAAGCAUCUGGGCGUCUGCGCCUGGUUGGCUCCGGCCAGGUUGUUUGUGCUGGAGAGGAAGAGGUGUCCUCGCCCCGCUCCCGGCCCCCUCCCGCCGCCGAUUGCCAUCUGACAAGAUCCUGAAAUCCAAGUGAUAGAUCGCUCCAAACUUUUUUUGGCGGCGCCGAGAGGUUGAAGAGCGGGGGGGAGCAGCCCGUGCGCAUGUGCGAAGGUGUCCAAACUGACAAUGCUGGAGAGAUAGCGAGCCUGGAAAGAGAGAGUGUGAGAGGGAGAGAGAGAGGGAGAGAAAGGGAGAGAGAGAGAGGGAGCGGGGGAGAAAAAAAAAGGAGGAAAAGAUCCAAGGGGACCCCCCCUCCCCACGCAGCCACCCAGCCCAGCAGCGCCGCGGGACGGGCAGCAUGCGAUCCAAAGGCAGGGCAAGGAAACUGGCCACAAGUGAUGAAUGUUUAUACGAAAGCUUCCAUGAACUUCCUUUGGAAGAAAUGCCAGAGCCUGAUGGAGAAGCAACUAAGUUGUCCCUCAGUGUCCAAGAGCCAUCUUCUCCAGCAACAUCUAAUGAAGAAUUCACACCGAAGGAGAGCUCUCCUUACAAGGCUCCUAUAUACAUUCCCGAUGACAUUCCCAUUCCAUCAGAGUUUGAACUGCGAGAAUCAAACAUUCCUGGAGCAGGAUUAGGGAUAUGGACCAAAAGGAAGAUUGAAGUAGGUGAAAAAUUUGGGCCAUAUGUUGGAGAGCAGAGGCCAGCCCUUAAGGAUCCCAGUUAUGGUUGGGAGAUCUUGGAUGAGUUUUGCAAUGUGAAGUUCUGCAUAGAUGCCAGUCAACCAGAUGUAGGGAACUGGCUCAAAUAUAUCAAGUUUGCUGGAUGCUACAAUCAGCACAACCUUGUUGCAUGUCAGACAAGUGAUCAGAUAUUCUACAGAGUUGUAGCAGACAUUGAACCAGGAGAGGAGCUGUUACUGUUCAUGAAGAGUGAAGAUUAUUCACAUGACACAAUGGCUCCUGAUAUUCAUGAGGAGCGUCAGUAUCGUUGUGAGGAUUGUGAUCAGCUGUUUGAGUCCAAGGCAGAACUAGUAGACCAUCAGAAAUUCCCAUGCAGCACACCUCACUCAGCGUUUUCUAUGGUGGAAGAGGACUUUCAGAAAAAGCUUGACAAUGAGAAUGACCUCCGGGACAUGCAUGAAAUCCAAGAAUGUAAAGAGUGUGAUCAAGUGUUUCCAGACUUACAAAGCCUGGAGAAACACAUGCUGUCGCACAGUGAGGAGAGGGAAUACAAGUGUGACCAAUGCCCCAAGGCAUUUAACUGGAAGUCAAACUUGAUACGUCAUCAGAUGUCACAUGACAGUGGAAAGCACUAUGAGUGUGAAAACUGUGCCAAGGUUUUCACGGACCCCAGCAACCUUCAGAGGCAUAUUCGUUCGCAGCACGUGGGGGCUCGUGCUCACGCUUGUCCCGAAUGUGGCAAAACGUUUGCUACUUCUUCAGGCCUCAAACAGCAUAAACACAUCCACAGCAGUGUCAAACCCUUUAUAUGUGAGGUCUGCCAUAAAUCCUAUACUCAGUUUUCAAACCUUUGUCGUCAUAAGCGCAUGCAUGCUGAUUGCAGAACCCAAAUCAAGUGCAAAGACUGUGGACAAAUGUUCAGCACUACGUCUUCCUUAAAUAAACACAGGAGAUUUUGUGAAGGAAAGAACCAUUUUGCAGCAGGAGGAUUUUUUGGCCAAGGCAUUUCACUUCCUGGAACCCCAGCUAUGGAUAAAACGUCCAUGGUUAAUAUGAAUCAUGCAAAUCCGGGCCUUGCUGACUAUUUUGGAGCCAAUAGGCAUCCUGCUGGUCUUACCUUUCCAACAGCUCCUGGAUUUUCUUUUAGCUUCCCUGGUCUGUUUCCUUCAGGCUUGUACCACAGGCCACCUUUGAUACCUGCUAGUUCUCCUGUUAAAGGACUACCAAGCACAGACCAGACAAACAAAAGUCAAAGUCCCCUCAUGACAAAUCCUCAGAUACUGCCAGCUACACAGGAUAUUUUGAAGGCACUAAAUAAACAACCAUCUGUAGGUGAAAAUAAGCCAGUGGAGCUUCAACCAGAGAGGUCCUCUGAAGAGAGGCCGCACGAAAAAAUCAGUGACCAGUCAGAGAGUAGUGACCUUGAUGAUGUCAGUACCCCCAGUGGCAGUGACUUGGAGACCACCUCGGGCUCUGAUCUGGAGAGUGACAUUGAAAGUGAUAAAGAGAAAUUUAAAGAAAAUGGUAAAAUGUUCAAAGACAAAGUAAGCUCUCUUCAGAAUUUGGCUUCAAUAAAUAAUAAGAAAGAACACAACAAUCAUUCCAUUUUCUCACCAUCUUUAGAGGAGCAAACUGCGGUUUCAGGAGCUGUGAAUGAUUCUAUAAAGGCUAUUGCUUCUAUUGCUGAGAAAUACUUUGGUUCAACAGGACUUGUGGGGCUGCAAGACAAAAAAGUUGGAGCUUUACCUUACCCUUCCAUGUUUCCCCUCCCAUUUUUUCCAGCAUUCUCUCAAUCAAUGUAUCCAUUUCCUGAUAGAGACUUGAGACCAUUACCUUUGAAAAUGGAACCCCAAUCACCAAGUGAAAUAAAGAAGAUCCCAAAGGGAAGCUCUGAGUCUCCCUUUGAUCUCACCACUAAACGUAAGGAGGAGAAGCCCGUUACUCCUGUAGCAACCAAGCCAGCAGCUCCACCUGUGACAAGCCAGGACCAGCCUCUAGACCUAAGCAUGGGUAGCAGAAGUCGAGCCAGUGGUACAAAACAGGCUGAACCUCGGAAAAACCAUGUGUUUGGUGAAAAGAAAGGAGGUGAACUUGAAUCAAGGAAAACAUCUGAGUCCUCUUUACAACAUGCCAGGCCCACUCCAUUCUUUAUGGAUCCUAUUUACAGAGUAGAGAAAAGAAAGUUAACUGAUCCACUUGAAGCUUUAAAAGAAAAGUACUUGAGACCUUCCCCUGGAUUCUUGUUUCAUCCACAAUUCCAAUUGCCUGAUCAAAGAACUUGGAUGUCAGCUAUCGAAAACAUGGCCGAAAAGCUAGAGAGUUUUAGUGCCCUGAAACCAGAAGCCAGUGAACUCAUACAAUCUGUCCCGUCCAUGUUCAACUUCAGAGCCCCUCCAAGUGCCCUCCCAGAAAACCUUCUCAGAAAGGGCAAGGAACGCUAUACCUGCAGAUACUGUGGUAAGAUUUUCCCAAGAUCUGCAAACCUAACACGUCACCUGAGGACGCACACUGGAGAACAGCCCUACAGAUGCAAAUACUGUGACAGGUCCUUUAGCAUAUCUUCUAACCUGCAGAGGCACGUCCGUAACAUCCACAAUAAGGAGAAGCCAUUCAAAUGUCACUUAUGUGACAGGUGUUUUGGUCAACAAACCAAUCUAGACAGACAUCUAAAAAAGCAUGAGAAUGGGAACAUGUCUGGUACUGCAACAUCCUCACCUCACUCAGAACUCGAAAGCACAGGGGCAAUUCUAGACGACAAAGAGGAUUCUUACUUCACAGAAAUUCGGAAUUUCAUUGGGAACAGCAACCACAGUAACCAAUCCCCUAGAAAUUCAGAAGAGAGAAUGAAUGGCAGCCACUUCAAGGAUGAGAAAGCCAUGGGGGCGAGUCAGAACUCCGACUUGUUGGAUGAUGAAGAGGCAGAAGAUGAAGUAAUGAUGGAUGAAGAGGAUGAAGAAAGUGAUAUUGCAGCGAAGGUGGGCAAAGAACCUGCUUCAAGUACCAUACAUGAAGGAACCCCUGAGGAUGACUAUGAGGAAACAAGUACUUUGGAUAUGAAUUGCAAGACUUCCCCUGGCAGGUAUAAAGACGAUGAGUAUAAUAAGACUGGACUAUCAGCUUUGGACCACAUAAGGCACUUCACAGAUAGCCUCAAAAUGAGGAAAAUGGAAGAAAACCAGUACAAUGAAACUGAACUGGCAGCCUUUAAUACUCCCCACCUGCCAGAGGACCUAAAGCAACCACUGUACAGGAAAUCGAAGUCCCAGGCAUACGCUAUGAUGCUCUCUCUCUCUGACAAGGACUCCAUCCAUUCUGCAUCCCAUAAUUCUCCCAACGUGUGGCACAGUAUGGCAAGAGCUGCCGCAGAAGCCAGCGCCAUCCAAUCCAUUAGUCACGUAUGACAUUGUGAAAGCUAACCAAGAAUGGGACCAAGUCCAAAACAGUAGCAUGGCUCUUUCAUAUAUGACUAUUUAAAAGACUGCUGAGCAGAAUGCCUUAUAAAUCUGUAGGGUCACUCAUUUAAAGUCUGAUGACCUUAAACUGAAUAAUUUUAAAAAGAAAGAAACUAUUUAUUCUCGAUAUUUUGUUUUGCACAGCAAAGGCAGCUGCUGACUUCUGGAGGAUCAAUGCGACUUAAACAAAAAGGUUUCAAUGGAUUAUGUAAACCAGGGCCGGGAAAAAGUGUCUUCCAAUUCACCCGGUUCAGGGGGUGGGGGCAAAAGGGUUAAGACUGCAUUGAUACACACAUGGGCACUCCUUUAAAGUAGAAACUGAAUCGUUUUUCUUUUUGUAUAAGAUAGUUUGACACAGGAUUGGGAACAGUUGCUUUUAUGUACAAAUCCUCUUCAUUAAAGCUUUAUGCAUUUUAACCCUUUGAAGAAAGAAAGUAGUUCUGUCAAAUGCACACUAUCCAUCCUUAAUGUAGAAACUGAUAACAGGGAAUAUUUUGUCCUCUCCGUAAUUCCUUUUGCCUUCUUAAGUGCAUUGUAAAAAGGGAAAAAAAGAAAAAAAGAAGAAAAAAGAUAGAAAAAAAAGAACUAAGAGAAACAGUAAAUAAGAGGUUUGUGUAUAUUGUAAACUAUGAAUGUUCACCACUCCAAAAGCUUGCCAUUCAGAUAUUUCUGUCAGAGAACAUGUUCAUCUACAGUACCACUAGUUCAAUGUUUGCCAAAUCAUUGUAAUGACUUUUUUAAUUUUAGACAAUCAUGUCGCAAUUUUGUGUUUUCUUUUUUUCCCCCCCCUCUGAUUUCUUCUUUGUGUUGUGUGUACCAUGUAUUUAUUUGUUGGCAAACAAUUGUUUGUUGAUUAAAAUAGCACUGUUCCUAUAAUUAACAGCACUGCUCUAGUCCCCCACUACUUCUUCAUGAUGUAGGCACCCGUGUACUUCAAAACAAGUGAGAUGAACUGAUCUGUGUAUAUGGGAGUGCAAAACAGUGUUUGAAAUUUUCUUACAUUCCUCUUUUAUUUUAUUUUUUUCCUUUUAAUGAAACUAAAUAACUAAUAGAGGUGACUUAGUUUUUUUGUAAUACAUUAAAUUGAUUCAAUUGUAUAAACAGUUAUAAUUUCUUCAUGAAAGCAUGAUUCUUCUGAUUAAAGCUGUACCCAAUAUUUUAAGCUGGUUGUCUGCGAGCUUGUGUGAUGUUAUGUUCAUGUUAAUCCUAUUUGUAAGAUGAAGUGUUCCAAACUUAUGUUAAAAAAAUAAAUAAAUAACAGACUGUAUUCAGGUUUUUUUUUUGUUUUGUUUUGGGGGUUUUCUUUGCCCUUUAGCAAGGGACCAGAUUUCUUUUCCUUUUGUUUAUAAUCUCAUUUUAAAAUAAUUGGCAAGUUGAGGUACUUUCUUUAAAUGCUUUGUACAAUGUAACUGUUACGCAUUUCAGUACAUUACUAUGGGAGGAUCAACUAAAAAAAUAAAGGAUUACCAAAC